AUUAAUAUUCCAUAUAGUUUCAGCACGUAAGGGGAAAGUUUGACACUGCGCUGGUUUACUUAUUGGAAUGAUAUUGAAAUGAAAUCUGAGACCGUGGUCUUCCUCCUAAUUCUGAUAUCACUGACCAGGUCAUGUUACCGUGUGACCUUCAAUUAUUCAUCCGGAAAGGUUAUCGUGAAUGCCUCAUACUCUGUUUUCUCUACAUAUACCCUGCUCUCCUGUGUUAGGAAAUGCAAGUUUCAAAGAAAAUGUCUAUCUAUCAACUUUGAUACCAUAGGGAGGAAAUGUUAUUUAAACUACAAAGGCCACCUUACACCUGGAACACAAAUGGAAAAUUCCGGUCACGUUAGAUCUUAUGACGUCGAUGUUUGGAGAGAUGAGGACCUGUACAUGGGAAGCUGUAGUAACCACAGAUGUAGGUAUGACCUGAUCUGUGAACAGGGAAGUGAUCACACAGCGCCCUACACGUGUAUUCAGGAUACACAAUGUCAAUGGAAUGAUGGCUGUUCAGGUUGUAUUCAAGACAAUGGAGAGAUGAUCCAACCAAACACUCGGGACUUUACACCUAUUGGUUGCUACUAUGCUGCCGGUGCUAACCCUGGAUUUCUGAGUUAUGUUAAUAUGAGACCCCAGAUAAACUGGUAUGACAUUGGCGCGACAGUCCGGGCGUGUGCAGAGGAGACCAGAAACAGAAUGUUACAGUUCUUUGGUCUGGAGUUUUACGGGGAGUGUUAUAUGAGAAAUGAUACACUGGAUGUGUCGUACACAAUUGUUGCAGUGAAUCAGUGCUCCGAGAAAUGUGCAUUUGGUGUUGGAGCUGCUGAUAUUAUUUUCUUUUACCAGCUAAUUUGAAAAGAAGAAAUAAGAAAUUCAGCUAUAUUUCAACUCUAUUUAUUCAGAUAGAUAUUUGUUAUUUUGUGUUUAUUGUACCAUUGUAACGAAUAAAGUUGGACAAAAGUAUUAGAUAAUGUGAUAUGAAGUUCAUUACCGAGUAAUGCUAAACUCUGUAUCGUGCAUCAAAUCUCCAGUUGAACUGAACAAACUUUUGUCUUUUUUAGGAAGAAAAAUGGCUGGCUCAUGCAGAUCUUUGAGAAAUUCAUUAAUGUGGAUUUAAUUCUUUUAUAUUCUUAUAUUGAUAUA